AGAGAGAGAGAGAGAGAGAGAGCAGUUGGUCUAGCUGGCUCACUCUCUUUGUUCCAGUGCGCAGUAUCUUUCUCGGCUCUCGGCUCUCUCCAUCCCCACAGUGCUGCUCUGCUCUGGAUGACUGCAGAAGCAGCGCCAUGGCCGUGAAUCUCAGCAAGAACAGACUGGCCCUGCUCACCGCUUACCAGGACGUAAUCGACGAGUCCUCAGCCACUGACUGGGCCUUGUACACAUACGAAGAUGAUAGCAACGAUCUGGCGCUGGCAUCAUCAGGAGACGGCGGCCUGGCUGAAAUCAUGGUCACCUUCGAUAACAGCCGCAUCAUGUAUGGCUUCUGCAGCCUGAAGGAGCCGACGGCCGCCCUGCCUCGCUACAUCCUCAUCAACUGGGUUGGGGAGGAUGUCCCUGAUGCCAGGAAAUGUGCCUGUGCCAGCCAUGUAGCCACCAUCGCGGAGUUUUUCCAGGUGGGUCUCACUAAGGGAGUUGAUGUCAUCAUCAAUGCCAGCAGCAUGGACGAUAUCGACCCCUCAGCCAUCGGGCAGAGACUGACCAAUGGGACGGGGCCGAGUGCUAGCCCGGUGCUCAGCCGCCUGCGAAUGAGAGACGAGGAGAAUGCUGAGCAUGUUGGCACCACCUACCAGAAAACGAACGCCGAAAUCGAGAUGAAGAGGAUCAACCGGGAAGAGUUCUGGGAACAAGCCAAGCGGGAAGAAGAGUUGAGGAAGGAGGAGGAAAGAAAGAAAGCAGCAGAAGAGCGGCAACGCUUCGAAGAGGAGCGGAUGGAGCUGGAGAGAAAGGAGCAGGAGGAGAGAGAGAAGAGAUACCGCGAGAGGGAGAGGCAGAUUGAGGAACACAGGAAGAAAAUGCAAGAAGAAGAGGAGGCCAAAGAGAGGUCACGACCUCAGCCCUUGCUAACAGAGCCCAGUUGUGAGGACCUCUCCCAAGACAAAAAGGAGUCAGAGGUCGAGGAAGCAGCGGCCAUAAUCGCCCAACGCACAAGCAACCCGCGAGAGUUCUUCAAGCAGAAAGAAAAAGCUGUAGCCAACAGCUUGGACACGUCACCCAUCAGCUCCCACAGGACCGGCCGCUUGGACAGUCCGUUCUUGAAGCAGCAGCACAGUGUGUGUGUGUCCAGUACAUCCUCCUCUCGCACCCCAGGGCCACUUGAUGACUCUGAUGAAGGCGUCUUGGCCACUUCCCCAACACCCAUCCCUAAAAUCGCCAUUCAGGAAGAAAAAGACGACAACAGCCAGAAGGAAUGGGCCCCUGAGUCUCCUGAGCGAGUCCCUGUGCAGGAGUCCGAGCCUGUCCAGACCGAAGUUCCUCAGGCUCAUCCCACAGAGUUGAAAUCCACCAGCGCUGAGGACACACUGCUGGAUAUGUGGGAGAGCAGCCCGGCGCCCACAGCCACACCCUGCCAGGCCCCACACAUCAUGGACCUGAUGGGCGAUGCUGACUCAUCACCCAGCCUCCCUCAGCCCCUGCUCAGCUUCGACGACGUGCCUGACGCCCCGCUGUGCCCUUCAGCCGAGGACGCGCCCUCCAGCCUGGUGGACGUGGCCGAGUCGCACCACAUGACUCUGAGCUACCAGCAGGCCUCCGACAGCCAGGAGCUGGACGAGACACAGGAGCUGAUGACCAACGGAGACUCGCUGCUCAAAGAAGGGACUCAGGCGAGUGAAGGCUAUUUCAGCCAGUCACAGGAGGAGGAUUUCGCUCAGUCUGAUGAAUGCACUGCAAAAGUGAAUCCCACGCCAGUAUUUUACAACAAACCACCAGAGAUUGACAUCACAUGCUGGGACACGGACCCUGUGGUGGAUGACGAUGACUAAGACCACUAAGUGGAGGCCGCUAGCCUACGACUCCCAGGAAAAAAAAAAAAACACUUUUACAAAGCUUAUUACAAGCUUAUUACGAUACAAAUCUGUAUGAUAUUUUAGCAAAAAAAAAAAAGAAACAAACAAAAAAGGUUAGCCACUGAAAAGGAUCUGGGUUAUUGUUAAAGAUGCCAGCGGGUUUAAGCUCUCUCGGUUAGUCUGUGUGUGAGCGUGUUUGUGUGUGUGUGUGUAUGUGUGUGUGUGUGUGUGUGUACAAGUCAUUAUUUAUUUCCGUUCUCUUUUUUGCUAUGCAGAGUAUAGCACGGUGUGUAUUUAGCGCUCACCUGUGUUGUAUUGACUCCCUGUGCCUGACAGGUGUGACCAGUAGCAGAUAGAGCGUCCUGUUUUAGUGAUGUGCUAGAACCUCGAAUGACGGAAAGGUUCGUAGCUCCAGCCAAGGUAGUACCGAACUUCCCCUUGUUAGAUGCUCAGGCUAGUAGUCAGCACCUUUCUUAUUCCGAUCACCAAUAAUUUAAGCCAAUAUCAAGUUUUUCGUCGUGUUUGCUCUUUUUUUCGCCAAUCGAAUCUGAAUGAGAAGAUACACACCACUGUGUUUGUCCUGGUGUGUUCACGUUAUUCGUUUGAAAUCUGCGUGAUUAAACUUGUUUCUUAGGUGCCAUUACAUUCCAAUCAGGUAAUGAUUAUUAAACACUGCUUAAUUUGCUUAAUUUCCUGUGCCAAGGGUUUUCAGUGAUUUGAUUUUUUCACACUAUCGUGUUGGUGUUUUCUGAUUUAGAAUCAGGUGCCACAGAUAUAUUUUGACUACCUAUAAAAAGUAGUAUUUUAAUUUUAUUCCAGUGUUCGCAAUAGAAUUAGAAUCGAUUUGACUUUGAGCUUAGGCAAUAACUAUUUUAAUGCACAUUUAGCUAUGUGUCUGUAUGUAUAUACGUGUGUGUGUGUGUGUGUGUGUGUGUGCUUUUUAAAGGGAGAGUAACAUUUCCUGUGGAUAUUGGAAUUUGUAUAUGGUUUUACUAAACCCUCUAAUCCAACGUGAUGUCUUUGCCAUCUGGAAUUGAACCCUGUGGUAAAUGUUAUGAAGGCAUCGAAAGCCUUCUUAUGUGAUUUGACCACUAAGUAUUGCUAAAAGUCUGACAUACUGGAUACUUAUCCAUCAUAUCCACGGUUCCUUCUUACAGCUCGACCUCUACGAAUUCCUAGACGAUUCUGUUCAAAAUUAGCACACAUCUGUAGCUUUGACUGUCUUCAGUCUUCCGUAGUUUCGUAUUUCUGACCUGUUUUUCAGUGCAUCCGAUUUUCAGUACGAUCCUAAGCCUUGUCGUUUUAGUUCGUCAAGUUCAAGUUUUUUUAUUAUUAUUAUUAUUAUUAUUACUACUACAAAGUAAAAGAGGUGAAAUUAAGCAAUAAUACUAAACUGAUGUAGUAUUGUUUUGUAAAUAAAAUCAACACAGGACGACAGUGAUGAAACGUGUGUAACUGAAACGAUUGGCGUAGGAACGGAUGUGCUUUCUUAACAUGUUUCUUAACCCGGGUUUUACGUGGCUGGUUUGUGACGGGAGCCGACCCGCAUCUUUAACCAUAACCGAGGCCCUUUUGACGUGAUUUCAGUGUACUCUUUACCCUCCGAGCUCCUCUGUAGUGAUUCUUACGCUCUUUCUUUCUCUCACACACUACUAGGAGAUUACUACUACCAAUACUAUUGCUACUAUUACUACUAAUAUACUACUCCAGUUUGCCCUUUGUCCCUGAAGCAAGGCUUAGCAACUCCUAAAGGCUCUCUCUUUAUUUCUUUCUUUCUCUCUCUUUUAUUAUUGUUUUCUAUCCUUCUCCUUUUUUCCCCCUCCGUCCGCUUUUUCUGUCACAUGCUGUUUUUGAAACAAGCACAAGAUCUUUUGUGACAUGCUACGUGCUUCUGUAUGUUAAUAAAAGAUUUCAAAAACAA